AUGUGUUUUGGAACCAUUGAAGAUGCAAAUCAAUUUUAUCAGAAUUAUGCCAAGCGCGUUGGUUUUGUUACUAAGAUAAGGUUUACCCGAAGAGUUGGUAAAAAUAAGGUUCCUAAGAAUCAAAUGAUCACUUGCAAUAGGAAGGGAAAACGCAAGUCUAGAGUUUCACCAAUAGAAAAGACCAACCCUAGAACCAAUUGCAAUUGCCCCGCAAGAAUUUCUAUUAGGUUGAAUAAAGAGGGUCUUUGGAUUAUAUUGAAGGUGUGUUUGGAUCAUUCACAUCUUUGUGAUCCAGAGAUGGCAAAACUGUUGACACGUAAUAGAGAGAUGAGUAUGCACAUGUGUCGAGUCAUUGAGAGGAAUGAUGAAGCAGGUGUGAGACCAAGCAAAUCAUAUCAAGUAUUGGUGGGUGAAGCGGGGGGUUUCUCUAAGAUAAACUUAAUGGAAAAAGAUGUUAAGAACUAUCUUAGCAGAAAGUUACGUAAUGUUACGCAAUGUUAA